AUGGCGUCCUGGCCGAUUGAAGUCUUGCCGAAUAGCCCCUUUCCUCUAAGUAAUAUUCCCUUUGGAAUAUUCACAACACCACAAGAGGUUGAGAGACGCGCUGGGGUAGCUAUUGGCGACUUCAUCAUUGACCUGUCUAGCCUUGAGCGAACGCUCUUGGAUGAUGCGUGCUUCAACAUGUUGAAGAAUCUCAGCGGAGCCCCUGUGUUUCAGGAUGGAGAUCUCAGCAAGUUUGCGAGCCUGCGUGCCGUGACCAGGAGGGCCUUUCGUAAUACACUCAUUGGCUGGCUGAGUGACGAGAUGUCGCCCUUGUUUGAUAAUGCCUCGAGGACUGAACGUAUCUUUGUUCCCAUGGCGGAUGCUACCAUGCAUCUGCCAUUCGAAAUCCAAGCAUUCACAGAUUUUAUGUGUUCGGAUGUUCACGUCGAAAACUGCAGUAACCUAGUCGGAGCUUCGACACCCCCGAGCCAUUACGCUAUACCUCUGGGGUACAACGGCAGAGCCUCGUCUGUUGUGACCAGCGGUGAGCCUAUUUAUCGACCGCAGGGAAUUAUCGAGAACCCCCGGGAUUCGUCAGUCUCGUUCCAACCCAGCAAGUGGAUGGACUACGAGGCCGAGUUGGGCGUUUUUGUAUCUCAGCCGGUACCACGUAACGCCUACAUCAAUGCCGAUGAAACCGACGAUUACAUCUUUGGAUUUGUCGUACUGAACGACUGGUCAGCGAGAGACAUUCAGUUUACGGAAAUGACCCCUCUAGGACCGUUCAAUGGCAAAUCCUUCGCUACCAGCAUCUCGCCAUGGGUCGUCACUCUUGACGCCCUUGAGGGGGCGCGAUGUGUUUCAUCGGUCACAGACCUUCGUGAUGGAGGCUUAACUGGUGCGAGGCAUCUACGCCAUAAGGACGAAAGAUCCACGUGGGAUCUGGAACUGGAGGUAUCCGUCUUUAGACCCAAGUCUAAAAACUCAGCACCCAUCAUGACUUCACGUUCAAACCUCCGUCAUCUUCGCUGGUCGCCCGGUCAGAUGCUUGCACAUCUCGCAUCUUCUGGUUGUGGCCUGCGCACGGGUGACCUUUUUGGAACCGGCACAAUAUCGUCUCCUAAUGACAAGCCAUCUUCUCGAACCUUGGGGUGCUUGUUUGAGUUGACUGAAGGCGGAAAGAAACCUGCGAAUCAGGGAGCGGACGAUGCCCUCAUAUUCCUCCAAGACGGUGAUGAAGUAGUCAUAAGUGCAUGGGCAAAAGGAUGUUCUCUGGGAUUGGGGAGUUUAGGCGGCCAGCUUCUUGCUCCCAGUAAAGAUAGAUGA